AUGGAUAAGGCGGGCUCGCUGCACAGCUCGGUGCCCGCGCCGCCGCCCCGGCUCUACCUGCCGCGCAACUUCAGCUGCAGCGCCUGCCUCUAUGGCAGCCUGGCCGAGCAGUGCAGGGCGGGCUGCAGCCCCGACGGCGACGCCGCGCCCACGCCCGUGGUGCGGGAGGCGGCGGGCGAGAAGCCGCCGCAGACGCGGGGCCGGGAGCCCACGCUGCCCGCCGUGCCCCCCAGCCCCACGCAGCGCCGCCGCGCCAAGUCGCUGCCCACGCCCGGAGACCGCAGCCUGCGCCCCGCGCUGCAGCACAGCCCGUCGCGCCGCAAGACCGUGCGGUUCGCCGACUCCCUGGGGCUGGAGCUCACCUCCGUGCACCUCUUCUGCGAGGCCGACCUGCCGCGGGUGCCGCUGCCCGCGCCGCCCACGCCGCGCCCCGCAGACCUGCUCAAGACCAGGAAGCCGCCGGCGCUGGGUGACCUGGAGCCGGUGCUGUUCGGGCCGCCGCCGCCGCUGCUGGAGCCGCUGUUCCCGCCGCAGCCCGGAGCCAGCCCGGGCUUCGUGGAGCGGGUGCGGCAGCACAAGGUGAGGCUGGAGUGGGUGCGGGCAGAGCCCGCGGGGCUGCGCGGAGCCGUGCGCGUCCUCAACCUCGCCUACGAGAAGGUGGUGUCGGUGCGGUACACGCUCAAUGCCUGGGCCAGCUGCGCGGAGGCUCCCGCCGCGUACCAGCCGCCCGGGCCGCCCGACGGCAUCACCGACCGCUUCGCCUUCCUGCUGCCCCUGGGCGCUGCCGCCGCCGAGGCCACGCUCGAGUUCGCCGUCCGGUACCGCGUGGCCGGGGCCGAGUACUGGGACAACAACGAGGGCAAGAACUAUCGGCUGCGGGCCCGGCAGCGCGUCCCGCCCGGCACCGGCCUCCCGCAGGACCCCGACAGCUCCGCCUGGAUCCACUUCAUCUGA